AUGUCAGACAUAAUAAAGAACUUACAAAAUUAUCUAAUUAUAAAAACAGAAAUUGCAGACCGUUUACACAAAUCAUUUGACAAAUUGCAGCUCUCAAUUUUUCAUAAUGCCAAAAACAACACCUUGACCUCACCCUGUGGUAGAAGAUACACAGAUGAUAUCAAAGAAUUUUCCCUCACAUUAUAUUACUAUUCACCCAAAGCCUAUGAACAUGUGAGAUCAGUCAUACCUUUACCUAAUCCAUCAUUGAUAAGAAAAUGGUCAAGCUCUGUCAACUGUGAGCCAGGAUUCUUAGACGAGGCAUUUCAGUCGUUGAAGGUUGAUGCAGAAAAAUAG